AUGUCCAAGUCGAUCCAAGCAUAUCGCGGGCUGAUUCGGGCGGCGAACCUGGCGUUCCGCAACGAUGCUGUUGCCUUGAAAGCGGCUUGUGACCGCAUCAAAAGCGAGUACAAGGUUCCGUCAGAAAAUGAGGCUGAUUUGAAGCGACGGAUCCAGCUUGCCAAGGAUGUGGCUCAUAUUCUUCGUUCCAAUGUUGUACAGGGCGUUAAAGCCAGCGAGGAAGAUGAAAAGUACAAGCUUAAUAUCCACAACGAGACUGAGCUCGGAGACAAUGACGACCGGUUCCAGAAAACUCCGCUGUCUCAGGGCGGCAGCGGUGGAUGCUGCGGAGGGUCUGGAAAGCAGUAA